CUGCCUACUGUGUGUGACAGGAAAUCAAAGCAGUGUAAAGAUUUGGGCGGAACGUAAGAGUCGGAAUCGGAGGCGGAGGCGGGUGAUUUAUAAAUCAUUUCCUACACUCCUCCAACAAAACAACAAUUAUCUCACUCCCAAAUCAUUUCAACGUAGAUUAUACCAUUAGACAUGCAGAGGCAUCAGGAUCAGCGCUCAAGAUCUAUCAAGCCCACUACCAUUCAUAAUUGUGCUCAGUCUGGGGAUCUUCUUGCCUUCCAGAAGCUACUUCGGGAUAACCCAUCUCUUCUUAAUGAAAGAAAUCCCGUUAUGUCACAGACACCCCUUCAUGUUUCUGCUGGUUACAACAAGGCUGAAAUAGUUAAGUUUCUGCUUGAAUGGCAAGGAAAUGAUAAGGUUGAGCUGGAGGCAAAAAAUAUGUAUGGAGAAACUCCUUUGCAUAUGGCUGCCAAGAAUGGGUGCAAUGAAGCUGCAUGCUUACUUCUUGCUCAUGGUGCUUUUAUUGAAGCCAAAGCUAAUAAUGGAAUGACACCACUACACCUUUCUGUUUGGUACUCAAUCCGAGCUGAAGACUGCUCAACUGUCAAGACAUUGCUUGAGAAUAAUGCUGAUUGCAGUGCUGUGGACAAUGAGGGCAUGACUCCUCUUGAUCAUCUUUCAAAAGGCCCAGGAAGUGGAAAGGUGCGUGAACUGUUACUAUGGCAUCAUGAAGAGCAGCGAAAGAGAAGGGCACUUGAAGCUUGCAGCCAGACAAAAGCCAAGAUGGAUGAACUUGAAAAUGAACUAUCAAAUAUUGUUGGUUUGCAUGAACUCAAGAUACAACUUCGGAAAUGGGCAAGGGGGAUGCUUUUGGAUGAGAGGCGUAAGGCUGUUGGACUGAAAGUUGGCACUAGAAGACCUCCUCAUAUGGCAUUUCUUGGCAAUCCGGGAACAGGUAAGACUAUGGUAGCUCGAAUUCUUGGAAGAUUACUUUAUAUGGUGGGAAUUCUACCUACUGACAGGGUAACUGAAGUACAACGGACAGAUUUGGUUGGAGAAUUUGUUGGUCAUACCGGACCAAAGACUAGAAGAAAGAUCAAAGAAGCGGAGGGAGGAAUUCUGUUUGUGGAUGAAGCAUAUCGCCUCAUACCCAUGCAGAAAUCAGAUGAUAAGGACUAUGGGUUGGAAGCCUUAGAAGAGAUCAUGUCUGUUAUGGACGGUGGAAAAGUUGUGGUCAUAUUUGCUGGCUACAGUGAACCAAUGAAACGUGUAAUUGCUUCCAAUGAAGGCUUCUGCCGAAGGGUUACUAAGUUUUUUUAUUUUAAUGAUUUCAAUUGUGAAGAAGUAGCCAAUAUCCUCCAUAUCAAGAUGAAUAAUCAAGCGGAGGAUAGCUUGUUGUAUGGUUUUAAAUUACAUUCUUCCUGUAGCAUAGAGGCCAUUGCAGCUCUUAUAGAGAGAGCGACAACAGAAAAGCAGCGUAAGGAGAUGAAUGGAGGUUUAGUGGAUCCGAUGCUAGUUAAUGCUAGGGAGAAUUUGGAUCUUAGGCUCAGUUUUGACUGUAUAGACACUGAUGAAUUGCAAACUAUCACCUUGGAGGAUUUAGAAGCAGGUUUACAGCUUUUAUUACGAUAAAUGUUUGGGAUAAAACCGAUAAGAUAAAGCUUGUAAUCAUUCUUUUGGCAGUCUGUUGAGGUUACGUUGAUGAUUGAACUGAAGCAGGAGGUAUAUUAUCCAUAUACCUUAAUUCUUUUACUAGAGUUUGUUGCUAUAGUUGCUGCUGGAAAUAUGGAAGUUGAUUCUUUGGAGAUUUUUUUUUUCCCUAAUAUAUUGUAAUUGAUAAAUUCAGUUUGUCUAUUCACUAUUGUUACCCAUAAGAAUUUUAAUAUUUUUGAGUUUAUUUGACAUUGUUGUGAU